CUGCGACAUCGCUGACUUAUCAUGGGUCAUCUUGACAAAGCCCAUUCUCUUGCCCGAGGACUAUUGUUGUCCGUAAAAGUGGCGUCUGAGCCGUAGCAAACCUGUGGGGGGCUGAUCAGUGAGCUCACGCUUCUUGGAUAUACAUACCACCACCACAACUCCAUACAGAAUCUCAUAACACAUUGGAAUUCUAUCGGCAGCUCACAAUCCAACGAGACAAUAGAGACCUUCACAAUAGAACUAUCCGGCGCUCAGAGCUUCUUAUAGAUUGAAAUGGCAGAUAGUGCGCCGGUCAACUUCUUCGGAGGGUCACCUUUGAAUCGCUUGUCUUGGCUUCGGAGUUCCCAGCCUUUCCUAAACGCCAUAAUAUCAUCAGGAUCCACUCGAUGGUUAGUUUUCAAAGAUGGGAAAGUACUCAUGUCAUCCAGUACAUCUAAUGGACCAUCGUCGAAGCCAUCACCGGCAUUCUUGAGUACGAAAGAAGUUCGAGCGCUUCUAGGCCCAGAUCCUUUCUUCUCUCAAGGACAGCAUGAGGGUGACCUCGCAGCUCCUGAAGUACCGCUGUUAGAAGCUGCCCGUUUUCGUGGUCCGCCUAUUGUCUUCCUUGGUCUUCAGGAAGCUGAAGGAGAAGACGCAUUACCAUCCUCUGAUUUCAGCGCUAAAACGGAUCCUGCUGCUGUUGCUGCGAGAAUCAAAGGAACGCCGUAUUUCUCUCUCGAUGUCAGCGAGCUUGGGCAAAAGGACGUGGACGUGGCUUUGCAGAGCUCCGUUUUGGCAAGAGGUGGUGCGAAAUUUGAGUUCUUUGAUACACGGGUUGCCAUGAGGAACUUUAGCUAUGAGGAUGCAGCGAUUAUCGCUGAAGGGCGUAGUAUGGUCGACUGGAACGCCAGAAACAAGUUCUGUCCUGCUUGUGGAUCUCCGGUCUAUUCCCUUUGGGCAGGCUGGAAAUUGUCUUGCCUAACGCUCCUGCCCUGGUCGGACAACACCGGUAGGAAACCUUGCCCAACCGCUACAGGGUUGCAUAACUUCGCCCACCCACGAACGGACGCUGUCAUCAUUACGGUCGUUACCAAUGCCGAGAAUGACAAGAUCCUCCUCGGCCGCAACCGCAAGUGGCCUGGCAAGUUUUAUUCCGCCCUUGCAGGUUUCAUCGAACCUGGUGAGACCCUAGAAGAUGCUGUUAAGCGUGAGUUGUGGGAGGAGGCGGGUGUGAAGGUAUGGGGAGUGAGAUACCAUUCUACUCAACCAUGGCCAUUCCCUGCCAAUCUAAUGGUCGGUUUCUAUGCAAUUGCGGAUCCUUCUGUGCCGACUCGGACGGAUCUUGAUAAUGAGCUUGAAGAUGCGCAGUGGUUCACUCGGGAGGAGAUUAUUGCUAUUCUCACAAACCCUGAAGGCACUAACAUCAACGCGCGAGGACCUGAGAAGCCCUUCGAAAAGAAAGUUGGCAGCAAUGCGACCGAACAAACCUCAGAUGAACCUCCCUUUAGAGUACCACCGGUUACUGCCGUGGCGGGCCUGUUAAUCAGUGACUGGGCAUACCGAAAGGUUUAUGUUGGAAAUUCUGAACAGAAGAAAGGUAAUCUUUAGAGUUAUACCCUUAGGGUUUGGUGGAUUGUAGAAUAGAGGCGAAGAUCCUCGUCAACGCGUCUUGCUCCAGGAGUAACCGUUUUUGG